AUGGAACGGCCAGUGCUAGGUGCUUGGCUCAUUCAAUUUUGUACCAUGGGUGUAACCUUAUCCUACGGCAUCUUUCAAGACUUCUACACAACUACGCAGCUAAACAAUCACUCACCGGCGGUCAUUAGCGUGAUUGGUGGCACUCAAAUAUUCUUGACCUUUGCACUAGGGCCUGUGAGCGGGCGAUUGUUCGAUUCUUGCUAUACACGAACCGCGUUUACCUCCGGUUCUUUGCUCUACGUGCUGAGCUUUCUUAUGCUCUCCUUUGUAGAGCCAUCACAAUGGUCUCAGGCCUUCCUUGCUCAAGGCGUUGGUAUGGGAUUAGGGGCCGGUCUUUUGUGCUUGCCAUCCUAUGCUGUAGCCGCUGAACACUUCAAAUCGCGACGUGGUCUGAUCACGGGCAUUGUCCAGUCUGGAUCUGCUUUUGGAGGCGUUGUAUUCUCCAUAAUCCUCAAUCAUCUGUUCCGCGGCCCCUUUGCCGUUGGAUUUGGAUGGGGAACGAGGGACACGACUCUCAUCGUCAUGAAUCUUCUUAUAUUGGGAAACCUUCUCAUAUUCGUCCCCCCUCGUCCCCCCCUCUUGUCGCCCUCCUCGCCAUCUGUCGCCACUAUCAGAGAUACUCCUUUCCUGAUCACGCUCGCCUGGGCAUUCGUGACCCUGAUUGGAUUGUAUUUCCCACUAUUUUACAUCCAGACAUUUGCAAGGAUGAAUGGACCUUAUAAUUUAGCAUUCUAUUCGCCGGCGAUCCUGAACGCAGCUGGGAUACUCGGAUGCCUACUUCCACAUCUAGCUGCGAAUCAAAUAGGGACACUACGUGUCCUCGUCCCAGUCACAAUCAUCAGCGGUGAGUAG